AUGGACAGUUUUCCGGAAUUCAAAAUUCAUGCCGAACGUUUGGUGCUUCUCGUCCGUGAUUUAGAUACAUCAGUAGACGUUGUUUCUCGAUUCGAAUCAGGAACUCUUCAUUCUCUUUAUCUUCGGAGCGGAUCGGAAUACAUUGCACAGUCUACGAAAUUAAUUGAGCAUUUAUCUAAUACGGAUCAAUGGAAAUUGGCUACAUACAUCAAUCUUAUUGCGUUUCAACCUAUUCGUGCAGCUGACUUAAAAUGGUUUUAUCAUCUCAAAGUAUUUCUAGUCAAUUUGGCUUCGCUCAGUGGAAAAGAGAUUCAAGGCCUAUUUGAUGUGGUCUCAAAGAAUUCCUUUUCUGAAACCUGCACUUUGAAAAUGAGCAGUCAGACGUCCCAUCAUGAAUUGUUGAAGUAUUUGCCACCCGAUGAGAACGUUUCCGAGUAUUACUAUCAGUAUCCUUCCUCCAAUCCGCAAGAAUGCAUCGAAUUACAUUUUAUCAAGAAGGAGAUUUUUAUAAGAAGAAUGCCAAGAUCUUGA